CAUCUCAUGGCAGCUUCUUGCUGUGUACCACCUAGAUGGCUGAUUCUGACUCUGGGGAAAGAAAUUACGACAAUAUGCUACGAAUGCUGUCAGACCUGAAUAAGGACUUGGAAAAGCUAUUGGAAGAGAUGGAAAAAAUCUCAGUGCAGGCGACCUGGAUGGCCUAUGACAUGGUGGUAAUGCGCACCAACCCCACUCUGGCGGAGUCCAUGCGCCGGCUAGAAGUCGCCUUCCUCAACUGCAAGGAGGAGAUGGAGAAGAACUGGCAGGAGCUGCUCAGUGAGACCAAGCGCAAGCAGUAGGCCCCGCUGCCCAUCCACGCUGCCACCCAUCAUGCACUGGAGCCACAGAGACGGGCCAGUGACCCAGAUACAUAGCUGUGUGUACAGCACUUGUUUUUCAAUAAACUUAUUUUUA